AUGUCCAAGGCUUUGAUCACUGGAGGGUCUCGAGGGCUCGGAAAGUCGAUAGCAGAUGCCCUGGCUUUGAAAGGCUGGUCGUGUACACUGGUUGCGAGAGACGAACCAAAGCUCAAAGACACGAUAUCCAAGCUGAAAGACCCCAAACAACACAACUAUGUUCCACUCGAUUUGUCGAAGCCAGAAUUGAUUGAAGAUGCCAUUGGACCGCUAUUUAUUGGCAAAGACUACCAUUUGCUAGUGAAUUGCGCCGGGAAAACAGAUAGGUCACUGGUGGUGAAUACUUCCAUUACCGAGCUCCAAUCGGUGAUCAACACCAACCUGACAUCCAGCCUCAUACUGUCAAAACUUGCGGCCAAGGCAAUGAUGAGGCGAAAAAUAAACGGCUCAAUUAUCAAUAUUGCCUCUGUUUUGGCUGAGAGACCCAUGGUCGGUUCGGUAGCAUACGUUACUUCAAAGGCAGGAAUGGUUGGAAUGACUAAAGCACUUGCGCUGGAGCUCACCAGGAGCAAGAUUCGGUGCAACGCAAUUCUACCAGGGCUUAUGGAGACAGAUAUGGGUGAAAUGGUGAACUCCAAGCUGUUUGACCAGUUGCUACAGGGCGAUGUCAAAAAGGAUGUCGUUGAUCUGGUAAUGUUUCUCGUCGAGCACGAAUCAAUAACUGGAUCAACGUUAACUGUGGAUAAUGGAUUCACAGUCAGAUAA